AUUUCUCUGCCAUGGCGUCAUUCAAGGCCCCUCAGCUCAUAGUAUUUGCCACACCUGCUUAAUUUACGCUUAUUCUUUGUUCAUGGUCGCAUAAUGUAUAAUGUUAUAAUUGGCUUAUUUUUGUAUCAUGCAUGUGAGACAAACAACUUUCUAACAAGACCGUGGCAUCUUUUUUUAUGGAAAUGUGAUUCAUUAUAUACGGUUCAUCAGCAGAGAGACCGUGAGCUAAAACACUGAAAGGGCACCGGGUGACAUUUCUAAUGUGUGAGGCACGAACGAGGGCUUCAGCGCGGGGUGCUCCGUUUCAUGUGCGCAAGUUAACCAAUGCCCGGAGCACGUGACACGCCCCCGUCGAGCGUAGAGCGCAGAGUGGAACUUGGGCGCCACUGCAGCUGCACGGCUCUCCAACGGAGUCGCUAACAAGGGAAGAGCGGACGAAGCAACUUCCAGCAAAUCAAUUGUUGCUGCCUCUUCAUUUUAAUCCGUUCAGUGAUUUGUUAAUAUCGUGGGAGUCCCUAGACUCCAUUUUUUCGGCUCGGGACCAAUCAUAUUUGGGGAAUAGGUGCGAGCGCGGACCGACAAAAAAGAACUGCAGUUUUUUUUUAUUCCCUCCCCUCGUGUGGAGGCAGAACACUGGCUGUACUUGUCAGGGUGGUCCCGACGCUCUGCGAGGCUGCACGAGAGAGGAGCUUCAACACGAGCAGAAAUACUGAUCAGUUGAAAAGCCGUCUUUUGACCGAUGUCUGCUGGACGAAAGGGAUGUCCUUGGAUGACUGCGGCAAAGUUAUGCACCUGAAUAUGAGCACGGAAUUACCUGUUUGCUGAACUUGUUGCUGUAUCGUACCCAAUCUUUUGUGGACUUUUUUGUUACCAGUAACUGGCAGGAGACCGUGGUUUUGCCAGCAGGAUUGUAACAUUUUUUAGGCACAUUUUUAAGCUUUUUUUUUUAUCUUCGGAGCACACCAGCCUUUACGCAGAGGUGAGAGCACUUUCACUCCGGAUUGUUUAGCUUUUAAUUUCCUAGUUUCCUAGUCAAAGCACAUGGGUACUUGAUACAUUUUUAAUAUCACCUUGUAAUUUAUGGAAUGGGAAUGGUUUUACGCAAACAUUCCAUACGCGGCUGUUGUCUUAUCCCAUCACAGUACCCUGUGUUUCUCACAUUACUGCUAUAACACAGUGCACCCCGUUUGAUUUUUCUCUGAAUUCUACACUUACUGGAUUAUAUCCUUUAGUCGUGCGCCGAUCUAACCAGCGUCAUUUGCAUUGAUUCUCCAGAUGCCUAUCCGCUGGUCCGCACGCCUGUGAUCAGUAUACGGAGCUUCGUGUCUGCUUCAGCCGGACGGGGCUUGCAGAUUGUACAGAAUGGCAGCGGGAGUCGCCGCUUGGCUACCCUUCGCCCGGGCGGCAGCCAUAGGAUGGAUGCCGGUGGCGAGCGCGCCUAUGCCGGCCCCGCCACGGGACAAGAGGCGGACGCAGGACGGGCUCAUCAUCCUCAACGUCAGCGGCUCGAGGUUUCAAACUUGGCGAAACACUUUGGAGAGAUACCCGGACACUUUACUUGGAAGCACAGAACGCGACUUCUUUUAUCAUGAGGAGACCAACGAGUACUUUUUUGACCGCGAUCCAGACAUCUUUCGGCACAUUUUGAAUUUUUACCGCACCGGGAAACUGCACUACCCGCGCCACGAGUGCAUCUCUGCAUACGACGAGGAGCUGGCGUUUUUUGGGAUAAUACCGGAGAUUAUUGGGGACUGCUGCUAUGAAGAGUACAAAGACCGCAGGCGAGAGAACGCGGAACGCAUCGAGGACGAUGAGGAUAAAGACAACAGCAACGACUUGCCCCCACCAGACAUGUCGUUCCGCGAGACCAUGUGGCGGGCUUUUGAGAACCCACACACGAGCACCAUGGCACUGGUGUUCUACUACGUCACGGGGUUCUUUAUAGCCGUUUCCGUCAUGGCCAACGUGGUGGAGACGGUGCCGUGCGGGAAGACCCAGAAUCGAGUGGAGAUGUCAUGCGGCGACCGCUAUGCUCUGGCCUUCUUUUGCCUGGACACGGCUUGCGUCAUGAUCUUCACGGUGGAGUACCUGCUCCGGUUGAUGGCUGCGCCCAACAGGUUCAAGUUCGUCAAGAGCGUGAUGAGCGUCAUUGACGUGGUGGCCAUCAUGCCCUACUACAUCGGCCUGGUCAUGAGCGACAACGAGGACGUGAGCGGGGCCUUCGUCACCCUCCGGGUCUUCCGCGUCUUUCGGAUUUUCAAGUUCUCGCGCCACUCGGCGGGCCUCCGCAUCCUGGGCUACACGCUGAAGAGCUGCGCCUCGGAGCUGGGCUUCCUUCUCUUCUCGCUCACCAUGGCCAUCAUCAUCUUCGCCACCGUCAUGUUCUACGCCGAGAAGGGCUCGACCGCCAGCAAGUUCACCAGCAUCCCGGCUGCCUUCUGGUACACCAUCGUCACCAUGACAACGUUGGGUUAUGGAGACAUGGUACCCAAGACCAUUGUGGGGAAGGUGUUUGGGUCCAUCUGCUCUCUGAGUGGCGUGCUGGUGAUCGCCCUGCCUGUGCCCGUCAUUGUGUCCAACUUCAGCCGCAUCUACCACCAGAGCCAGCGGGCAGAGAAGCGGCGCGCCCAAAAGAAAACCAGGCUUGCUAGAAUUCACGCAACGAAGAGCGGUGGGACUAACGCUUAUUUGCAGUACAAACGCAACGGGCUCCUGGCCGAGACCGAGGAGGAGGCUUGCAAGGAGGCGGGACAAGCGCUGGUGUGUAAGGCCAACCCAGUCUUUGAGACCGAGCACCAUCACCUGCUGCACUGCCUGGAGAAGACCACGAACCAUGAGUUUGUGGACGAGCAGACGUUCAAGUCCAGCUGUCUGGAGGUUUCCAUGGUGAAGGCGCCGUCCCGGUCCUCCUCCAUCUCCUCGGCGACGAGCGGCGGGGGCGGCGGCCUGUCAUCGUGCUGCUCGCGGCGGAACAAACGGAAGAGCUUCACCGUGUCCAACGCCAACAUGGCCGGCCGGAGGGGCAGUGUCCAGGAGCUCAGCACCAUCCAGAUCAGAGAGAGACCCAUCACCAACAGUCGUUCCAGUCUGAACGCUAAGUUCGAUGAGACGGUGCGGCUGAACUCGGAGCCUCCGUACCUGACGGCAGCGGUCAUCAGCAUGCCCACGCCGCCGGUGACCACCCCUGAGGGCGACGAGUCGGCCAGCACGCCCGACUUCCUGCAGAGCAACAUAGUGCGCGUGUCGGCGCUCUAGAGACGCCCCAUCGCCGGACGCCAGACCACACGCAGCCGCCAGCCACGCUGUGUCACGUCACAUCACGUAGCGUCAACGCCGUCGUCACGCGUGCUCUCCAACCAACCAGCUUUUUAAUUGUGGCCCUUCUUCACACACGUACAUGACCAGAAGGGGGAUGUCUAGUUUCAAACUAGGAAGUGGAAAAACGUUUAACACCAUCACCACCACCCCAACACACACACACACACACACACACACACACUCACACACACACACACACACACACACACACACACACACUCACUCUCACACACACACACACACACACACACACACACAAACAACACAAACACUCCCGCUGAAGAGAGGGAUUGAUUGAGGAUUGAGAGAGGAGCGAAGGAGGAGAAGGAGGAAUGAUGUGAGGAGGAGAAGGAGCAGGAGAUGGACCUUUUUUUUCCAUUCCUACACGUAGCUCUGCUUUGCGCCGGAAUCCGCAGUGCAAAGCCAUGCCACGCACACAGAGGCCCAUGGCGCAGCUCCAUGCUGGGGCCUAUGGGUUCUCUGGCGCAGCUGCGUGCUGGGACUCACUAGGCUUUUAACUGGUAGAGGAGAUAUUAUCAUUACCUAUGUAACUAUUUUUCUGAGUAUUGUGCGUCUUUUAAUUCACUGUCUUAAGGUGGUGGGUGGUGAUGGGGCUUCUGGGAUGUCUUG